GGUACCGAAGUGAUUCCUCUUGGUAGCCAACCGGCCAAUCUCUUUGGUGUCCUUCACAAAGCAUUCUCAUCUACCAGUAGUCAGCGGUGGCAAAAGCUCAUUGAUUGAUCAUUCAUCUCAUCUCUUCACAUCAAUAAAAUUUAAUAUCUACCGUACGGUAUCUUCUCGAGUACUAGUAUCUGUAUCCAUCAAUCACCACCAUGAUGAAGUUUGUGCAUGUAUUGCUGUUCCUGGCUGCUACUAGUGCCUUGGUGUUGGUGAGUGGAAGCAAAGAGCAUCUAUCUCGGUACCGUCGUUUCUUGGACUCGGAGCAACAAGAGGUCCAUCCCGUGUUGGCAGUGGCCAUGAAGAAGAAUCCCAAUGACCCCAACGAGAAAGCAAUCGUCUUGCAGAGUGUCCCAGCUGGUCAAGGUGCCGUCAAGUUGGUUCCAGAAAACAACGACGAUCGUCGUCGAUUGUUGUCUCACACUCACAAUCGUCGUCGAGCCGAAGAAGUGUCGUUUACGCGUCCCUCGGAAGAGACGGGCUUUUACUUUUCCAACGAGAUUAUCGUGGAGAUCGAAAAUGUCGAUCCUGCUACAGCUCCUUCGAUUGUGUUUUCCGGAAUUGACAAUGGAAUGGAGUAUUCCUUUCCUGUCACAGCAGAAGAUGUUGCCGAUGGAGUUGUCAUUGAGAUCCUAGACAACUUGGUACAAGGACUGUACACCUUGAAGCUAGUGGCUGCCGAUGGUCAAGAACUGAUUGUCCUGGAUGAAACCGUUGAAGUGGGAUCACCUCAGACACCAGUAGGCGAUGAAUUCUACGAAGAGGGAGGUGACGUCAUGGGAGCGGUAGGAAGGAUAUAUUUCUUUGUCGAUGGCAAUCUCUUUGCCUGCACGGGAACUGUCAUUCACGACAACAAGAGUGGACGCUCCCUGGUUAUGACGGCUGCCCACUGUGUCUGGCCCGACCGAACCGGACAACGCAAGUUUGCCUAUGAUCCCAUUUUCAUUCCCAACCGUGACGCCGUCGAAAUCCCCACCAAUGAAACGGGACGUGAUAUUCAUCGUACGUGUACAGAAGACGUCUGUGGUUGUUGGACACUCUCGGGAGGGGUCGUACACGAUGUGUGGUCCGAGUCUCCCUGGCCACAGCGUCUCGCAUACGACUACGGAUUCUACGUUGUCAAGGAUUACGGGAUGCACGAAGGAACCGUCUGUCGAGAUACCACUGCACUCGACAUUGCCGUCGAUGAAAUGCAAUUCUCGGUUGGGGAUGACAUUGUGGGAGAGCCUGGAUAUUCCUUUGGAUACGCACUCCAGUGGAAUCCCUUCUUUCGAUACUGCUCUGACACCAUCACGGUCGAAGACACCACCUUGGGCUUUGACACGGCAUGGAUCAACUCGUGUAGUCUGGGAACUGGAUCCACCGGAGGACCUUGGAUGAUUGACUUUUCCGAGGACACCGGGCGAGGCAAGGUCGUCACCGUCAACUCGUGGUACAAGACCUGGACAACCGGAUAUGGUGGACCCUUUAUCGAUGCUUCCGAGGCGCGUUGUUUGGUCAAUGCGGCGCGUGACGUCGAUAUAGACGUACUCUUUUCACUACCAGAAGGUGAACAAGGCAUCAUCGUCAAUUGUUAUGAUCGUCCUUGUCGUGACGGAACUUCCCGCAUGUUGCGAGGAGGACGAAUGCUCUGUGGUCAUCAAGAUACCGAUCAGGCUGUGUCGAAACACCAGCAAAACAGAGAUCUUCUCGUGCAAGACGAAUCUGUUGUGGUGUGAGCAUGACAAGCAGGAGCUCAAACUAUCAACCUACUAUUUUAUAAUAGUAGUUUCGAUACAUUCAUACAUAUACGUACAUCAUAAUGAACGUUGCCAUUAUAAUGAAAGUUACAAAUCUUUGCGAAUUAUUUUCAUAACCGAGA